AUGAUAAAGACUAAAGGGGAUGAUGAUGAUCUUGGCAAUCUUUUCUUUGCUGAAGUAACACGUAAGGAUCACAAAGAUUACGCCCUCAGCCGUAUCUGCAUGCUUCAGUCUGAUGAUAAUGGUCAAUGCUAUGGUUGUACCUGUACUGGGCGUGUUGAUAUGAAACAUCCCAGUGAUGAAAACUACAGGCAUGGUGAUCCGAACACACCUUUGCCAUGCAUGGGUUUCAUCAAUGCAGAUCUUCUAACCAGUAUGUCAGAGUGGACUGCUAUAUAUAACGAAGAUGAGCUGAAAGCACAAGAGGAUAGGGUGAGGCUUGAAUGCAAGAUGCUUUAUGAUCCGGAUUCAGCAAGAGGCAAGGAAGAUACUGAUGAAGACUUUGAUGGCCAGAGAAGGACGGCGAAAUAUGUUGUACCAUCUAGGCGCUUACUAAUUUCGGGCGGUGGUGUGUGA